CAACUCUGCAACCACCAACAAUCAAAACUACGGCGACAUGAGCAGGCCCGUGUCUCUCGCCGUCAAGCCGCCUGGCGUGAGGGCGAAGUGGAAUGCCCCGAGCCAGCGCAUGUUCGCCGACGACUCGGACGAGGAAGGCGACGCCUUCGGUUCCGCCAGCAGCCGCCCCAAGGCCGUCAAGGUCGAGGAUGAGCGCAUCGAGGGCUUCGGGAACGGGAGAGCGCUCGGCAGCCGCCGCUCCCCCGAGCCGCUGGUGAUCGCGCCCCUACCGAACCGCGACUGGCGCACCGUCGCGACACAAAGCCGCCGGCCGGGAUACCGCCCCGAGCGGCGGGACGAGGGGCCGGUCGUGACGCACGAACGGACCGGCGAGGAGCCGCAGCGGCGCGGGCUGCGUCGCGCCGGCGACAUUGACCCAGACUACGACCGCAAGCCGGACGCUGCGGCGUUGGCGGCUGUGGACGCGAAGCCGCGCGUGCCGAAACAGGAGGUCAAGGAGGAAGAGGAGCGCAAGCCGCUCACGCUGGAGGAAGAAGCGCUCGCCGCCGUGCUGGCGGGCGACGCGGCGCCCGUCUCGGAUGCGCAGCGGCGUGCGGAAGAGCUCGUGAUUGAAAGCGCCGCCAACCGCAACAUCAUGAGCGAGGAACAGGCGCUCGAGCGCGACCUCAACAUCCUUCCCCCAGAGAGCUCGCUCGACGAUUACGACGCCGUACCAGUCGAGGCGUUUGGCGCUGCUAUGCUCCGUGGGAUGGGGUACAAUCCAAAGGAUGACACGCCGAUGCACGUCCCCAAGCCGCGGCCGGCGCUGCUGGGUAUCGGCGCGACCGCUUUGUCGUCCGAGCUCCCACCGAGCCGGAAGGACCCGAAGAAACGGCGCGAGGAGCGCGCGACGCGCGGCGGACGAGGAUUCAACGCCGCAGCUCUGCUGGUUCCGUCAAAUGGACCUAGUCGGGAGGCGAGUACGGCGAGAGAGCUCUCAGGGGAGGCGACCGCGUCUCGGGGCGCCAGCCCCGGCGAGAAGCGGCGGAGAGACGACGACGACGGGCGCGACAGCAAGCGCCGCUACGACGACCGUGAUCGCGAGCGUGAGCGCAGCAGACGAUCCGAACGCGACCGCGACGACAGAGACCGCCGGCGCGACCAGCGGUACGAGACAGACGAGGAGCGCGCACGGCGCAAGGCCCGUGAGCGCGAGCGCGACAGGGAUAGGGACGAUCGCCGAGACCGUGAUCGUGACCGCGAUCGGGAUCGCGAACGGUCACGCCGCGACGACCGCGAUCGCUACGACGACAGGGACAGGCGCGAUCGCGACCGCGAUCGAGACCGCCGGUAGAACACUGUACAUUAGACCAUUCAUAGAACAACAAGCUUGUACCAUCCAGCCAGUCAUCGAUACCGGCGACUUCGCCCCAAGCAGAAGAAACCGUACAGUGUACAUUCAGACUCUACACAAUUAGUAUAUGUACAGGGUGGUGCGCUGUAUGAGACACAGCGUUGCGGAGCAGCGCCACUGGCGUGUGUAGCGGCGCCGGAGU